UUUUCCAAUCGGGGGCAGGUCCAAACAAGGGCGUAGAGGAGACUGGGGAGAGUGAACGAUGGAGAACGCUAGGGCGUCUCUAUCGGUGGGGGAGGAGGCGGCAGAGCUAGUGGCACAGCUAGACGUCCGUCCACACCGCGCCGGACGCGAUGCCAGCUUCUACGAGGGCUUUGCCCUGCGCGGGAUCCGGGUCGAUCACAUCCGCCCUGGCUUCCUCUCCUGCUCCUUCCGCGUUCCCGCUCGUCUCACCGAUGCAGAAGGGAAUUUGGCGCCAGGGGCCAUCGCGAACUUGGUGGAUGAGGUUGGAGCCGCCGCCAUCACUUCUCAAGGUGUCCCUGGGAAGGUCUCCGUCGACAUGUCCAUCUCCUACAUGUCUACUGCCAGGGUCGAUGAUGAACUGGAGAUUAUAUCCAAGACAUUGGGCCACAAAGGUGGAUACUCCGCAACACACAUCUUGCUGAAGAACAAAGCAACAGGGGAGCUUGUUGCCGAGGGGAGGCAUUCCUUGUUUGGUAAACUCCAAAGCAAAAUUUAGUUGGACAUCGUUCAGGACUAUAUUCAUGUUGUUCCUAGAAGUUCAACAUUUUCGUAAUCUCACUCAAAUUUGUUAUCAUACUUUGCCCCCAGACCCUUCAAUUUUCAGAAUGAUAUUAAUGUACGUUGGUGGCAGCUCCUAAUGACAUUAUAAAGAAAUGCUGUCUCAACUUCUUAAUAAAGAGAUGCCUAGGAUCUUGAUUA